AUGGCUGGUGAUAAUUCAGUAAGGUCAUUGUUUGAGAAAUGGACCGAGUGUGCAAGCAAUGCAUACCUGAGCAUACUGGAAAGGUGGGUCUAUGAAGGGAUUAUUGAUGAUCCGUGUGGGGAAAUUUUCAUUGCUGAGAACAGACUCUUGAAAAGCUCGCCUGCACAAGAAAGACUCAGUCAAGACUCGACGGCUGAAUACUGGAGCCAAAGGUACAGCCUCAAGGAGACUAUUCCUGGCUUCCUUGCAAACAUUGCUGCAACAAUAUUGACCACAGGGAAAUAUCUAAACGUUAUGAGAGAAUGUGGGCACAAUGUUCAGGUUCCGAUCUCAAAGAGAUCCAAGUUAACAAUAUUUGGUUCAAAUCAUCAUUAUCUAGAAUGCAUAAAGGCUGCUCACGAAUUUGCCAGUACAGAGCUUGUGAAUCUCAUCAAGGAUAAGUACGACCUCAUUGGAAGACUUCGCUCGCUAAAGCACUAUCUUCUUCUCGACCAGGGUGAUUUCUUGGUUCAUUUCGUGGACAUUGCUCGAGAGGAGCUGAACAAAAAAGUGAAUGAAAUCUCUGUUGAAAAGUUGCAGCCUUUGCUAGAUCUUGCUCUACGCACCACAGCGGCUGCAGCAGAUCCUCGCCACGAGGACUUGACUUGUUGUGUGAAGGACUCUGAUAGCAAUAGUAUAGAGGACCCAGUGAGCAUCACUGGUCUUGAAACAUUUUCCUUGAGCUACAAGGUUCAGUGGCCACUAUCUAUUGUCGUAUCAAAGAAAGCCUUGUCAAAGUACCAGUUAAUUUUCCGGUUUCUGUUUCAUUGCAAACAUGUGGAACGCCAGCUUUGUGGGGCUUGGCAGAUGCAUCAAGGGAUUCAAUCUAUGAACUGUAACGGUACAGCAAUUCGUAGAUCAUCGCUUCUCUGCCGUAGCAUGCUUAAAUUCAUCAGUAGCCUUCUACAUUUUCUUACAUUUGAGGUUCUGGAACCAAAUUGGCAUGUGAUGCACGAUAGACUACAAUCCGCAAGGAGUGUAGAUGAGGUGAUUCACGACUUCUUUCUUGAUAAAUGUCUGAGAGGAUGCUUGCUUCUUUUACCUGAUGUUGAUGUUGCCAACAAAAUUGACCAAAUCACCACAAUGGUUGGUGUUCUCAGUUCUGUUAUGUCUUUCCCAUCAGACCUUUGA